AUGAGUGAAGAAUUAACACAAGAUGAUCCAUACGAAUUGGAAAUCAAUAACCUUCGAGCAGCUGAAAAUCUUGGGUAUGAUAAUGUGAAGUUUAGACCCGAGACUGAACGGUUACAUGAUGAUAAUGGGUCUGCUAUAUUUGACAUUGGAGACGAACAUGAUGAUGAUGAUGACUUUCAUAGUAAAUGGGAUGACGAACAAUCUACAAUAAGAGCAAGUCAUGGUGGUAGUUCUUCAAGUCAUGAAGCAACUACUCAAAGGAUAAAUGAUGAAGAAAACCAAGAUCAUAUCGAGCAAGAAAUUUCAAAAUUGAAUUAA